UUAUAAAUAUUUAUUAGGAAAUUUCAAUUAUUUAAUAAUUCAAUAUUAACGGAUUGUAAAGGAGGUAGCCGAAAAAGUAAAUUCCAUGAACACAUACUUAGUAAAUAUAUUAAUACUAAAACUUGAAAAAAUGAAUUACUGCCUUGUUUUAACUUCUCUGAACCUGGCAGUUUUUAUUUCAAAAUAUUAGUUAAUGUUGCAUUAAUAUGCAAGAUAAAUUCAAAGUAUCGUAUGUCAAAUUCUACCACAGAGAAAGAUAAAUAAAAUAAUAAUAGACGUUCAAGACCAUGCAUACUACUUGCUUAGACAAGCAUAAAUGAGUGCCCAUAUGGGCGACUCUUUUUAGAAACAUUUUAUUUAUACGAAACUGUCGUCAUUGAUAUUUGUUGCAUUUAAUAAAAUUAUGUUUUUAUAAAUGUUGACGAGUAAGAUAGUUUUUUUAUAUUACACAAAAAACAUACUUCUUAAAAGGGAAAGCGUUACAUUUGCGCGCGAUUCUGUCUAGGCCAAAUGUCAAUGUCAUCAAUCAAGUAAUUGCAGAUUCUUCCUUGCGUACUGUGUUCGUGUUUUGUGAUUAGUUUCGAAUAAUUUUGACCACCGCUUAUUUCUACCUGAAUGGAUCUGGACUGAUACCUUUUUCCACUUGAUAACGUUGCUCUUAACCUUGUUGGACCUUGAUUUGCAUCGCGUUUUGGAUUUGUUUUGUGAAGCAAUAUGAGGUGCAUCAAUUGUGGAAUAGCCGUCGAAAAGUUGAAGAGGCAUCUCAUACUCUCGCUGUCUGCAAAUCAUCAAAAAACACUUUUUCGUUGGAUAGGCCCAUGUUCAAACCCAGUUACCUGUGGAUUCACUUAUUUGUGAUUCAUGCUUCAUUUUAUUAAAUACUGAAGAUGGUGAACGUGAGAAGCUCCUGUGGCAUAUCAUGGUUUGCAUCGGUUGUGGGAAAUCUAUCGUACAAUGUUAAUUAUGUGCCUUUAAUGAAUAAUUACACUUGUCAUGUGUGUUGGAUACGAGCAAAUAAAGCAUAAAGACACAUAAAGCGUGAGUCGUCACGAGACAUACAGGAAUUAGCUUCGGCUAGCAAUUCGUCAGCCCCUAAUGAUCAAGUUUACCCACCAGAAUCACGACCGUUCCUGCCUGUUCAAAGUGGGCCUCUUCAAAGGGAAGAUCCGCUAUGUACAACAAUGAAAACAACAAAAAAUUAUAAAGCAUCAUAUACGUUAACGCGAGAUGGCCCAGUGGUGGACCCACGACAUAGAAAGAGUCGCGGGAAGCCGUUGGAUGCGGGCAGCGCAAGACCGGUCAAAAUGGAAAUCCUUGGGAGGCCUUUGUCUAGCAGGACGUCUUUCGGCUGAGAGAGAUGAGAUGAGAUGAUGAGAAAAAAUGACGUCAUUUUGCUCUGAUACGCCGCUAGAAGCUCCGGAAUGUUCUGCUUCACAACAAAAUCCCCUAAAAUUACAAGAUAAAACAUUUGAACGGCUCAAAGCUGUCAGCCGAACGAAAAGUCACGUAUGUAUCACAGAUCAAGAAACAGAAGACACAAUAUCCCCUCUGGCAAAUUAUGAUUCUAAUACCAGCGAAGAAGUGACUGCUCGCGAUGAUCCGCUGUCUAAUCUACAAGGUCAAUCGUUGGGUGCAAAUGAGAAUAUUACAUCUAUGGCUUCGACGUUUGCUCAAUCAGAUUUGAAGGACAGCUUCGAUGACGUAAUAAGUUCAGCAUGCAAACUGAGUGGGUUAUACAAUAAUGUGACUCCAUCUUCUUCUAGAAUCAAUGAUUUUCAUAAUAAUAAAAUUCUAGAAUACAGAAUUAAACUAGAAAAUGAAAUUGGUAAUGAAGUCAUGGAACCAGAACACCCUUUAUUUCAAGUGAAUGUAGAAAUGGACCAGGAUGGAGAUAUACUCGUCAAAGAUGAAAUCAAAGUCGAAGCUGAGUGUUUGCAAUGUAACAUCUGUCUCAGUGUUGGAAGAAAAAUGUAUGCAAUAGAUAAAUAUGCUUAUAUAUAUAAGAAGUUACUAUAUGAUAACUAUGAAGAGCAGUACAAUAAUACGUUCGAUACGACGCUCGUUUGUUGGGAAUGUAACGCGUUGCUGCGAAACGUUGAAAAAUUUCAGAAUAAAAUAAAAAAAGCUAAUGAGAUGCUACAAACGCAAAAAAACAUCAUCUCACUAUCAAGUUUGACGACAGUCGUUAUCAGCGAUUCGAAUCUUGAGACGAUAUACUUGACAGGAGAAAACACAGAACACCGGUUGAACACGGAAAACGGUGACGUAAUCAAAAAUGACGUAAUCUCCGAUGGUGCAACGGACGUGAAUGAUGGGUGCGUUGAAGAAAAUCCACUCGAAAACAGCAGUAAUUUGAAAACAGUUAGAAAUAAAUGGGCGAAGAGACGUGUGAUGCUAAAUAGGGAACCUAAGUUCAAAAAAGUUCAAGACCACGAUGUAUUUGAGAAAGUUUCGUUCAAUAUUAGAAUAUUGCAAGAUGUGAUACAAGAAUGUAGGAAUAACGAAUCGUAUAAAAGUAACGAGUUCAAAUGUCUGUCGUGUGUACGAAGAUUUGACAAUCGAAACGCUCUGAUUGAGCACAAUUAUCAGAAUCAUGAUGAGAGAAUUGGUCCAUAUUUAUGUGAUGUAUGCCGAUCGAGGUUCACAGACGUACAUACAUUGUCAUCGCAUCUAUUAAGUCAUUAUUAUAUGUACUACUGCAAGCUGUGUGACUACAAGUGUUAUAAUGAAAACGAUACGGUGAGCCAUGCGCGUGCGCAGCACGGGAGUAAGGCGUACGAGUGUCUCAAAUGUGAUAGACUGUUUAACAAUCGUCGUGAGUUCUACGAACAUCACAAACUCAGGCAUGAGACGUAUAUAUGUGAUUACUGUGGUGUAAAAUACAAAUUAAGGGAUAGCCUGAUAACUCAUAUAAGAAAAAAGCACAUGAAACGAGAAUGUACGAUAUGUAAGAAGAAAUUCAACCGCUACAACAGUUUAUGGCUUCACAACAAGUUGUACCACGGCGCGCCGGCCGGCACCGCGUACUGCGUCGAGUGUGACGUCAGAUACGAAGACACGUACAGAUACAAAUGGCACUUGGCGAACAGUGUUAAACACAGGCCCAAGAAGGUUGUGAGGGCUAUACCGCCAUCACCUUAUGUGUCUUCACCAGAUGAAGAACAUGACCUUUUAAUGGAAAAUGAAUGUUUGGACGGAUCACAUAAGGUUUCUUCAAGCCAGUCUUUAGCCAAUGUUAUAAAUAUCAUAAACCAAGAAAAGGAUUUUAUAAGUGAAAUUAGACCAGAAGAAGACACGGGAAAUGAAGACGAAUUAAACAAAGAAAAUUCAGAAGCAGAAAAAAUAAUUUCAGCGGUUGGUAGAACAUCAGAAGAUUAUUCGAAAGGAAAACGCAUUAGAGAAAGAGACUUUUGUUUCUAUUGUGAAACUUUCAUUUUAAAUUUUUCACGACAUAUGGUUCGUAAACAUAUCUCUGAACCAGAAGUUCAAUUAGCAUUAUCACAUCCUAAAAGUAGCGUAGAAAGAAAAAGAUCAUUUUCCGAAUUGAGGAAAAGGGGUAAUUUUGUUCGUAAUUCAAAAGUUUGUUUUAAGCCAGUGAAAAAGUGUAGACUUUCUGAAAAGAAUGAUUACUUACCUUGCUCAAAAUGCUUAGGUUUUUAUCAUAGGAAACAACUUUGGAGACACAUAAAACAAUGCAAAAAUGAUAACUCAACAAGCAAUGCACAAGUUGAAGCACAAUUUUUUCGUACGUCACGUUAA